CGGGCGGGUGCUGCUCGCUCCCCGCCUCCGCCUUCGGGGAGGGAGAGCGCGGUGCCGGGGCGAGCAGCGGGUGAUGGGGAAGAGGCGAGCGCGGCGCUGAGGUCCUGUGGGGCCGGAUGAGCCGAGGCUUGGCGCCGCGGCGGUGGCGGGGCUGGAGGAGAGGGCGAAGGAGGCUGUAGGGGCGGCCCCCGCUCCGGCUGCCCUGAGGGGAAGGAGCCCCCGACCAUGGAGAUCGAGAACAUCGUGGCCAACACGGUGCUGCUGAAAGCCCGGGAGGGCAAACGGAGUGGGCGUAGUAAAAAAUGGAAAGAGAUGCUGAAGUUGCCACCUGUUAGUCACUGUGAAGGUAUUAGAUCCUCAAUUGAAAGAGACUAUAGCCAGCUUUGUGACAAACAGCCUAUAGGAAGACUUCUCUUCAGACAGUUCUGUGAUUCCAGACCAGAUUUGAAAAGAUGCAUCGAAUUUCUGGAUGCAGUGGCAGAAUAUGAGGUAUCUUCAGAUGAAAAGCGAAUAGACUGUGGCCUCAAAGUUUUAGAGACGUACUUCACUAAUGGGUCUGCAGCACACUUGCCAGAAAUACCUCAGGAAACAGUAAAUGAAUGUAAAGCAAGACUGGAAAAGAACCCUUCUAAGGAUCUUUUUAUGGACUGUACUAGAAUUGUCCAUGAAUACCUAAGCAAAAGACCUUUUGAAGCUUACCAAGAAAGUGUGUAUUUUUCCCGUUUCUUACAGUGGAAAUGGCUGGAAAAGCAACCAGUAACCAAACACACAUUUAGGCAUUACCGAGUCCUAGGCAAAGGUGGAUUUGGAGAGGUGUGUGCCUGUCAAGUACGGGCAACAGGAAAAAUGUAUGCUUGUAAAAAGCUAGAAAAAAAGAGAAUAAAGAAGAGGAAAGGAGAAUCAAUGGCUCUAAAUGAAAAAAGAAUUCUAGAAAAAGUGAAUAGUAGGUUUGUAGUUAGUUUAUCCUAUACGUACGAAACGAAAGAUGCCCUGUGUUUAGUAUUAACCAUAAUGAAUGGAGGGGAUCUGAAGUUUCACAUAUAUAACAUGGGAAAUCCUGGCUUUGAUGAAGAAAGGGCUAUUUUCUAUGCUGCAGAACUGUGCUGUGGCCUGGAGGAUUUGCAGAGGGAGAGAAUUGUUUACAGAGACUUGAAGCCUGAGAAUAUACUUCUUGAUGACUGUGGGCAUAUCAGAAUUUCGGAUCUUGGAUUAGCUGUGCAGAUUCCAGAAGGAGAAACGGUCAGAGGUCGAGUUGGGACCGUGGGUUACAUGGCUCCAGAAGUGCUCAAAAAUGAAAAGUAUACAUUCAGUCCGGAUUGGUGGGGUCUUGGCUGCCUGAUUUAUGAAAUGAUUGAAGGACAGUCUCCAUUCAGGAAGCAUAAGGAAAGGGUCAAACGGGAUGAGAUUGACCGGAGAGUAAAGGAAGACCAGGAAACAUAUUCAGACAAGUUCUCAGAGGAGGCAAAAUCCAUCUGCAGGAUGUUACUUGCUAAAAAUCCAGGGGAGCGACUGGGUUGCACUGAAGAUGGAGCUGCUGUUGUAAAGCAACAUCCUAUUUUCAGGAACAUUAACUUCAAGAGGCUGGAAGCAAACAUGCUAGAACCUCCAUUCUUGCCAGAUCCACGUGCUGUAUAUUGUAAAGAUGUCCUGGACAUAGAGCAGUUCUCAACAGUAAAAGGAGUGAACCUGGAUACUACAGAUGAUGACUUCUAUUCCAAGUUUGUUACGGGUUGUGUCUCCAUCCCUUGGCAAAAUGAGAUGAUCGAAACGGGAUGCUUUGAAGAUAUCAAUGCGUAUGAAACCGAUGGUACUGUGUCACCAGACAGAGAGAGGUCUCCUAAACCAAAGAGAGGCUUCUUUCACAGACUCUUUAGUGGAGAGGUCUGUUUUAAAUCUGAUUGCAGUGAUGAUGAGCAGGAGUCCUCCAGACUUUAAAUCAUUUUACUCUCAUCAGAAAGGAUGAGCAAACAUUAAAUGUUUUAUAUCUCUGUAGCAAAUUGUAUUAUAUAUAUUUUUUAUCUGAGUUCAAGGAUUUUUGUACAUUUGUACUUCAUUUGUUUUAAGAUGUAUAUUUUCACUAAAGCUUAAUUGUACAAAAAGCAAUGAGUGCCAUUUGAGUGAGUGUGUUUCUGUAUGUAUUUGAUUUAUCUUGAUUAAUUUUUUCUCAGUGGAAUGAAUCUAGGAAUACUAAAAGGAUUUUAAAGCACAGAGAUAAUACCUAUGGCAUCAGUGUAACUUGACUUUGUAUGUUCCUGGUAAAACUCUUUUUGUUAAUUAGGAUCUUUAUUAGCAGUUUUCUUAACUUUAAAAUUGCUGUACUGAUGAAUUUAAUAAUUCUGGUACUAUCCAGCAGCAUGGCAGUGCUAUUACCUAAUGUAUCUCUCAAGCAACUGCUAAGAAAAAAAAAAAGGAAUUCAGUGCACUGUGGCCAGCUAUUAGGAAUUGCUCUUUACUAUCUGGCUCUGUAGAAUAUCUUUCUGUAUGUCUGUAUAAAGAGAAUUCUGAACAUUUAACUUAAUCCUAUGACAAACUGUAGUGCCCCAUUCUUCUUUUUUCUACCCAUCUUACACAUCCUCUUCAUACAGUUUCUUGGCAUGAACCUAAGCCAAAAUUUUGUAACUAUAUUUUGAAAAGUGUGUUGUCUUUACUGAAAGGAUUGCUUUAUACCUGUGGGGACACCUUUUUGUUUUUUUCUGUAAAUGAAAUUGUUUUGAACUCUCUUUAGGAUGUUAUAAUUUUGUAAUGGGUUAAAAAACAAAACAUGGGCUCUUCUUACUAACCUCCUCUCUGCUUGUUAUGUUGUAAUAUGCAAUGUUGUGGGGUUGACAGCGAUCACUGCCACUGAGGAAAGGGCGAGAUAAUUUAAAGUAGCAAAUUUAAUUAUGUAAAUAUUUUUUCUUAUAACCUUUUAAAACAGAAACAUUAAAACCUGCCUUUAAUGAUUGCUUAACACAAAUGUGGAGCUGAUAUUGAAGUUUGUUAUGGUUACUUGAUGUUCAUUAGUAAAACUGAUAAAAGCUACCUGAAAGCUAGUCAAACUUCCAUUCUUCUGGACUCACACAUGUCAGACUUUUUAUUUGGUUUCCAGUAAAACUAUUAAUCUCUCUGUGAGAGUCAAUUUAAAGAGCACGUUUCAUUAAGAGCCUUUUCUGUUUUCAAAAUUUGAGUUAGGGGCUUAAAAUAUAAUGGAAUGCUCUUGGAGUUGGAUACAUGACUUUAGUUACGUAUUUUGUUCUGUACGUAUUUGUAUUCUGAAGAUUUGUCUCCACUGAAUAUUCUUUUUUUUUUCUUUCAAAUCUCUGGGGCCCCAACCAGACCACACAUGUGUUGUACACACAGGGCAACUGAGUAGCCCCCACCUCAAAAAGGUCUCUGCUUGUGAUCCACAGACCCACUGGAAGAAAUUUAAGCUGCUUCUGAGAAACUCACAACAUACAUUUGGUUGUCAAGCCCAUCAUCAGGUUUUAAUUCACAGUAUUUGGUCUCUAAAGACAAAUGUUUUGAUGGAUUAGAAUUUGAAAAAAGUUGAAAAACCAGUGUGUUACAGAACCCUACUGGGGCUCAGCUGGUGUCUAUCUGAAAUUGCCACAGAAAUAAGGAAUGAGAGACUCUUUUCCUGUGUUGUUAGUGCAUUUUUCCUGCAGUCUACAGCAGCACACAGGACACCAAAAUGACUUGUGGAAAGUACAAAGAGAAAUUGGCAGAGGGAGAGAGAGUUGGAAUGAAUUACUGGAAGAUGGUCUGAUGUAAUAGUGAAGGGAUGGGAGGCUUGACAGAAAGAGAAAUGUCUGAAGUGAGGGUGUUGGCUGGAACCAUUAUGUGUGAGACAAUGAGCUGGCAUGGUCUGACCUGACCCUCUUAAUUUUGUACCACAGUAAUACAAGGACUCUAAAGAGAUGGGAAUGGAAAAAUGGGGAAGUAGUAAAAGUGUUUUAUAAAUACCUACCUGGUUGCAGAAGUCAUCAUUUCCCUGAUUAAGGGGAUUAGUUUUUUAAGGUCUUAGGUUUGCUGUUUUGAGGCAAAGGGGGCUGUAUUAAGACUGGACAAAUGGGGUGACAGAGUGGGUUUAAUAUCUGCAUAGAACUUGAAAUUUGGGCAAGAAUACCAUGGACACAAGCUGAGUAAAUUUUAUGAAGAAAAUACAGGAAUGGGCUUUAAUAGAUUAAAAAAAAAUAUCUGCAAGUUUAUUUAUCAUGUAUUUCAAAUAUUCUUUCCUCAUUGGAUGGAGAGGAAUCUUAACUUAAAAAAAAUCAAAUCAACUUCUCUAUUUUGGAGUGUUGAGACAACACAUUCUCCAGGGUUCUGCGAAAAAAAAA